AUGACGGAUGGUGAUCUCGAUCUCAUUGCCGAGAGGUCUGCCGGGUCGCUGCAGAGCCUGCGCAUAAGUCCAUCCUAUUUCAUCACUGCUUCCGGGCUGCUUUCGUUUGCAAAGUCAUGUCCCAAUUUAGUUGCCCUUCACAUGACUAGAUGUGAGUACAUGACCGACAGAAAACUGGGCGAAAUCGUUCUCGUUUGUCCCACAUUAGAAGACAUAUCAGUAAGCCGCUGCUGGCAGAUUCGCGGGAGGAAAUUGCAUGACAAGCUAAGACCUGUUCAGAAGAAGCUGAAACGCCUCGACAUAUCCGUUACAGGAGUUCUAAACUUGCAGAUGGCAAAAUUUAUGAAAGGAUACCCAGCCCUAGAAGUGAUAAAUGCAGGCGACUGUCACAUGUUGCAGGAAGAGUACAGGAGAUCGGACCCGUCAUCAUCGUUCCCAAACCUUGCCUAUCUUAAUUUGGAUAGAACCGAUUUUGUUGCCCAAACGUGGCUUAAGCUGACUUGCAUGACGAGCAAAAACCUUCGCUUCCUAUCGCUCAAUAUGUUACGUUCCAAAAUAUAUCGCAUCGAGGAAAUUCUUGACGUAGAAUUGCCGCCACUGAAGUAUUUGGGGUUGGCAGGUCAAGAUAUCACGGAUCCAAUGUGGCAAAUGAUCUAUGAAAAACUCGGAAAGAGCCUCAUCCAAUGUGACCUGUCCAGGAACAAGUCUUUGAGUGGUGCACUAGUAGUAAGAGAUGGUAACUUUUCUGUUCUAGAGUGUCUCAGCUUGCGAGGUACAAGAAUUACAAGCGAAAACUUAGAAUCUUUGAUCAAUCUGGCGCCAAGACUCAAGUCUCUUGACUUGUCUGGGUGUCGAUGGGUAGAGCGUGCACUCAGACGUACCCCGUUCUCUUUUAAAGAACAGGCGUCCACCAAAGGGGGGAAGCAGUAGAGAUGCGCUUCGGAAAUCUGUAAACGGCCAGAGACUUGGAUUUACAAAUGUAUCAGGACAGUUCAAAUGCUGCAUGUGAGCAACGAGAGCGAGAGCCCUGUGGAUAACUGCAGGUUUUUGUCGAAAUUGCAACAAAAGACCGUGGCCUUGAUAAAAAAAAAGCACACGCACUUUCCCAGUCGCUCUUUCGGGGUCGCGAAGGGGGAUUUCCUACGCUCACGGUGGACCAUGCAGUGGGUGCGGGUGCGUGUAUGACAUCGUGCUUGAAUGAAGGGCAGUGCUGUACGGUACGUGUCUUCUAUCACAAUCUAUAUUGCGCACUGCGCCUACCACAUUAUUUUCUUGAAGCUUUGGUCCUAUUCAUGCAGAGCUAUUAGGAUUGUGAUGACCCACAAGCCAGCCACAGACUAGGCCACACCAUUUGAGGUAGGUAGAAGCCCCAGGACCAAAUAAAAACGCGCCGUCGGCCGCCCCGCCGCCGCGGGACAACCGGAGGCACGAGACUUAGGGCCUCCUUUAAGACAGCAUGGACGGGCAUGUUUGGACAUGUAUGGACGUCAGCGUGCACCUGAUUGGUCCAUUUAAUACUUUUCUUAACAGUAUGAUGGCGCACACAAAGUUAAUAUAAUGGAAUCUGUCGCUACCAACGUGCCAUACGAGAGCACACCAUUGGCUGUCGCCUACCGCAUAAGUGCGAUUGAAUUCAAUCUUGAUCCAAUUUAGCAUACAUUAAAAUUCAAUUUAAUCAUUU